GCGCAGUCGCUGCGCAGAACUGACGCGCUCGAGGCCCCCGCGGGAGCGCGCGCGCCGACAGCUGAUGAUGCGCGCGAAUGAGCCGCGGGUGCGCGCACUGACAGCCGAAGGUUCUCCGCGAUGACGGACACUCCGAUGGCCCAUCAUCAUCACCAUCAUCUCCAGCAGCAUCAGCAUCCGCAUCCCUGAGCUCCGGACAGCAUCAGCAUCAUCCUCAUCCUCACCCGUCCUCCAUGCAGCAGAGCCGCCGCGCAGCGCCUGUCGCGUUUCUCGCCGUCUGUCCGCGCUCCUCCUCCGCCAUCCUCUGCGUCUGAAGCCGCUCCGCGUCCAUCACCUGCUCGCCGUGUCCCGUCUCCAUCCUCCUGCAGGAUGCUGUCCUACACCGGGAUGCUCGCGCUGCUCCUCGCGAUGCUCCCAUAUGUAUCAUCUCAGAACGCUGGGUUUGUGAAGUCGCCAAUGUCAGAGAUAAAGCUCACAGGAGACGCCUUUGAGCUGUACUGCGAUGUGGUGGGUAACCCCGUGCCGGAGAUCCAGUGGUGGUAUGCCGAUAUUAACAGGGCGGACUCCUUCAAGCAGCUGUGGGACGGUGCCCGCAAGCGACGGGUGUCCAUCAACACGGCGUACGGUGCCAACGGUGUGAGCGUUCUGGCCAUCUCCCGCCUCACGCUGGAGGACGCCGGGAUCUACGAGUGCCGGGCCAGCAACGACCCGCGCCGCAACGACCUUCGCCAAAACCCGGCCAUCACCUGGAUCCGAACGCAAGCCACCAUAUCCGUGCUGCAGAAGCCACGAAUCAAUGCUUCCGAUCAGGAGAUUUUGCAGCCUAAAAGCGGGCAGGAGUUGCCCAUCACCCUUCAGUGUAACCUCACUAACUCACACAGCACCCACCGGGAGACCUUCUGGAUGAAGAACGGACAGGAGAUUUCCAAAACAAGGACAGAGCACAAACACACCGAGUUCAAGUUAAGUAAACCGAGGACAGACGAUUCGGGUGAAUACAUGUGCGUCUACACCUUUAAGUCUGCUCCCAAUGCCAACACUUCCAUUGAGGUCAAAGCUGCUCCUGAAAUCUUCGGCCACAAACGAAGCGAGAACAAAAAAGAAGGUGAAAAUGCGACGCUGUACUGCAAAUCAGUGGGAUACCCGCAUCCUAUGUGGUUGUGGCGCAAGAAAGUUGGUCGGGGAUCUUACAUUGACAUUGACAACAGCACCGGCCGCUUCUUCAUCAUCAACAAAGACAGCUUCACAGAACUGAGUAUCAUCAGUCUGGACAUCAGCACAGACCCGGGCGAGUACGUCUGCAAUGCCUCCAACAUCAUCGGCUCCAAAGAGUCCAUGACUAUCCUGCGGGUGCGGAGUCACCUCGCCCCUCUGUGGCCUUUCCUGGGCGUCCUGGCCGAGAUCAUCAUCCUCGUGGUCAUCAUUGUGGUUUACGAGAAGCGCAAGAGGCCGGACGAGGUUCUAGAUGAUGAUGAACCAGUUGCACCAAUAAAAACAAACUCCACGAACAACCACAAAGACAAAAACGUCCGACAGCGGAACGCCAACUGAGCCCACAGACCAACGUAGAAGAAAGCUGAAGGUUUACGCUUUAUGAUUGAGUCUGGAGUUACAAAGCAGCAUGCGAACGUUCCCUUUAGUCGACUAAAUGCUUCCCCUUCCCCUGUUUCCAGAUGACCAACUGCAUAUCCUGACCAUACAUAUCCGAGGAGAGGAGACGCUCCUGGCGAUUUUCAGCGAGACGCAUAUCCUGCCUCACGUGGAGAAGAAAACAACAAUAACGACAGCAUUACACUGGCAGAAACGAACAAUAAAGACUGUCUUAAGUUUGCCUUAUUCAGGCUCAUGAUCUGUGUGAAUGUGGAUGCUGACUGAACCAUUCUGAAGGUGAUGAUGAAGAUGAUUUUACUACAUGUGCUGUUAACGUUGCAUUUGGUUCGUUUAUCAUGCCCUCCUGCUGCACUAAUUCUUGUUCAUAUCGACAUGUUGUCUCGAAUGCAUGCAAUAACAUAAUCGAAUAAGAUUCAGAUAUCGUUUUUCUAUUGUUACUUUAAGUGGCGUUGCAUCCAAAUGAAUAGCCAGUGUGUGUGAGAGUGAGUGUGUGUGUGUUUUUAAAGAAAUUUAAAUGGAUAAAAAAGUAAGGAAUCAUUGAGAUCUUUGUACAGUUUAUCAUCCAAUAAAACAAUACUAAAAGGAGGUGUUUUGUCUUAAACUAGAAUGCAAGAACCUUUGUGAGUGGCAGAACAGUAUUUAAUCUUAAAGCUGAUAUUGUAUUAAAUGAAAUGGAUACAUGUAACAUUUAUUUUCUAGAGUUAUUUAGACGUCUGGUACAUGUGGUGCUGUAAGUGUUCAAAUAUUACAAUAGCAUCUGUAAAAAGGAAAAGAAUAUAUCUUUUUUUGUAAAUGUCCUGUUUCUUUUUAGAGAAAAGAUGAUUCUUGUACAGCAUGGCUAUAAUCCUAUGCAAUAUGUAUUCAUAUAGACCUACUGACAAUUGUAAGGUGGGGCGGGUUUGUUUCAUUUCAGAGAAUAAAAAAGCUUUAACGGGACAGUUCAGAGAUAAGGGUGCUUCGCAUUUGAAAUGCACUGCUGUAGUUGCAUGACAACUCCUGAUCAAUACAGUGUGUGUCAUCAUGACAACAGACCAACAUUCAAGGGAGGAAGUGGGUGGAGCUAAAGCCAUUACAAACUAUGUGAAACCAAUUUUUUCCUUUUUCAGAAUAAAGCU